AUGAGCAAAUCUUACUGUAGUCGAUUCCAUUUCAAACGCCGAUACCUGGAGCGCGAAAAGAUGUUUUUCAGAUGGUCCUGUAACUCGGAACAUUUUCGCCUUGCUUUCCGAGUGUGCCGACAAAGCUGUGGCUUCUGUACGAUGGACUGGCGCAACUCACCAGAACCAAUGAAGUGUAUUUGA